GCGGCGCUGGAGGCUGCGUUCCGCAGGCGCUGCGAAGACGUGUGCAGGAGCGCGCCCCCCGGCCCCGGCAGCCCCUCGCCGCGGCGGUCACCCCGCUCCUCCGCGCCGCGGGCGGGACCCGGCCAGCCUGGGCGCCGCGCGGCCUCCCGGACCGGCCCUCCGGCAGCUCCCGGCGCCCGGGACCCCCGCCCGGCCGCUCGCCCGCAGCCCGCCGGCCGCACACGUCCCCGGAGCCGGGCCUAGGGCGGGCGGCGGCUCGGCGUGGCCGGGCUGGGCUCGGCGGCGGCGUCCCCAUGGCCGCGGCCGGCUGGCGGGACGGCUCCGGCCAAGAGAAGUACCGGCUUGUGGUGGUCGGCGGCGGCGGCGUGGGCAAGUCGGCGCUCACCAUCCAGUUCAUCCAGUCCUAUUUUGUAACAGAUUAUGAUCCAACCAUCGAGGAUUCCUAUACAAAGCAGUGUGUGAUAGAUGACCGGGCAGCCCGACUAGAUAUUCUGGAUACAGCGGGACAAGAGGAGUUUGGAGCUAUGAGAGAACAGUAUAUGAGAACUGGCGAGGGUUUCCUCUUGGUCUUUUCAGUCACAGAUAGAGGCAGUUUUGAAGAAAUCUAUAAGUUUCAAAGACAGAUUCUCAGAGUAAAGGAUCGUGAUGAGUUUCCAAUGAUUUUAAUUGGUAAUAAAGCAGAUCUGGAUCAUCAAAGACAGGUAACACAAGAAGAAGGACACCAGUUAGCACGACAACUUAAGGUAACAUACAUGGAGGCAUCAGCAAAGAUUAGGAUGAAUGUAGAUCAAGCUUUCCAUGAACUUGUCCGGGUUAUAAGGAAAUUUCAAGAGCAGGAAUGUCCUCCUUCACCAGAACCAACACGGAAAGAAAAAGACAAGAAAGGCUGCCAUUGUGUCAUUUUCUAAGAAUCCCUUGAAUUUUAGCUACCAACUGCCAGGAAAAGCCCUCAUCUUCUCCUUCUCUCCUUACAGUUUACAUCAUGUUGGUACCUUUCUAGCCUUAGAUAAAUGAUCACCAUGGUAGCCUUAGACCAAGAAGCUGGCUAAUCCUUUCCAUGAAGCUAAUCCAAUGGUCAUUUCAAGACAGAUUUAAAGGAAACACUAAGGCUGCUUCAAAGAUUAUCUGAUUCCUUUAAAAUGUAUAUCUAUCUGCACAGACAUUCUUUUUUUAAGGGCUUACUUUUAAUAGGGAUGAAUCAAGUUUUGGAACCUAAGCUGUUUGCCAAGCUGAAGUCAUAGGUUGUGAAAUAACUUUUAACUUCUGGAAUCAUAUUGCCUACUGUUACUCUAAAUAGAAACAUAGGGAGUUUUUUUAAAAUGUGAAUUUUUGCCUCUCUCUGAAAGUUUCGAUGUCAACUUUAGUUAACCUUAAAUACACUGAAUUGAAUCCACACAAGUGAGACAUCUCAGACCUUUAUGAUGCUAUAGCCUUUGUUUUCCAGUGGCCAAAAUACCAAAAUGCCUAUUGUAUUUAUAGGUUAAAAACUGCGUGUAAAGCCUUUACUAUUAUUCCUAAAGAUAGUAUUCUGUGUGGCCAAAUAUUUGGACUCAUUCUGGACUUAGGCAUUUCAAUGUUCUUGGUUUUUUAAUUUAACUCUUUACACAGCCAUGUUGAGAGUAAAAAUAAAUAAUUUCUGUCUGU